AUGGACAACUUUCCUGUGCCGUUUUCAGCGGCCACCACCAACCCAUUAAUCCCUAAUGUCUCUGGCACUACCUCUUUCUCUUCGAACGUAAUAAUCCCAGCUGAACAAAACAUGGCAGAACUAACAAAUUUUAACUUCCCUAUUGACAAAACUGGAGAAAUUGGCUUUCCUAAUCCUUAUUUCGGUCCAUAUGAUCAAAACAUGCACUUCCAACAAAUGAAUCCAUAUCCUUUGCAUACCCUUCCAACACCACAACCAAAUGCAAUUUAUGGACCACCAAAUUCUGAAGUUCAAACCUCUGUGGGACCAUUGACUAGCAAAGUUGCUAGGGACAAAAGGAAAAAAGUAAGACAGAAGAGUAAGAAUGUUGCUCCUACGGCUCCUUUGGUUCCAACCAAAGGAACAAAGGAAAAACCUGUUUCUGGACGAGGAAAACUCACUAUCAACCUAGAUAGAACUACCAUUGUUUUUUGCAGCCCAGAUGGGAAGAAGUUAGAGGAAGUUUUCACAAAGCAGUUGAAGAAUAGUGACGUUAGUGUCCUAGGUCGCAUUGUGCUCCCAAAGAGGGAGGUUGAGGCGAAGCUUCCACCAUUGACAGACAAGGAAGGAAAGGAUAUCAUAGUCAAGGAUGUUUAUUCUGCGAAGAUAUGGACCUUGAAAUACAAGUAUUGGUCUAAUAACAGAAGUAGAAUGUAUGUUCUUGAAAAUGCAGGGGAUCUAGUGAACCAUUAUGAACUACGACUGGGAGAUUAUAUAACCAUUUUCACGGACGAAAUGAAAAAUCUGUAUGUGUGGGCUAGAAAAAUGAGAAAUCUAGAAACACCGGUGUGCUCGUCAAACAUGGAAAGCUCGAAAACAUGCGAGACAGACAACCUUAACGACAUGAAGCAAUCUACAAAUGAAGAUGCAUAUUUGGAAUUUUUGACAAAGCUGAACCCUAAGAAAGACGUUGAAGAAGCUAAAAAGCUUUUGACUUCAUUCAAUGGUGGUGGAAGUUCUUCAAGUGGAGCAAAAUCAGAUAUGAAUAUAGCACAGCAUGAUCUGUCGAACACUGCUGGGAAAGGGGCACCAAACCAAACAACUGCAGAAGCCACACCAACAGCACCAACAACACCCCUUGAUGGCAAUAACAUGCCGAUAAGUGAUGAAGAUGUCUAUGGGGGCCUUGACAAUAUCUUCGAAAUUGAGAAUAGUUCAUGGUUUUGA